AUGCCGAGUCGCGCCUAGACCUUCUGGUACACAAUACCUGGAACGUUUACCAAUAGUAAAACAGACGGUGUUGUAUACUAAAUACUUACGUAUGUCCCCAAAAUGGCACCUAAACUCAAAUUGAUCUACUUUGAUGCACGUAGCAGAGCUGAAGUUUCAAGAUUACUUUUGGCCUUGGCUGGGCAAAAAUACGAAGAUGUGAGAAUUUCAAAACAAAAUUGGCCUGAAGAAAAACCCAAAACUCUCUUUGGUCAGGUGCCAAUGCUUGAAGUGGAUGGUGUUCUCUAUGCACAGAGUGUAGCCAUUGAAGCUUACUUAGCCAGAGAAUUCAAUUUCUAUGGUAAGUCACCUUUAGACCAACUGAAGGUAGAUCAAGUUGUUCAACUCAAUCAGGAAUACAGGGCCAAAGCAAUGACUGCACUUAAAGAAAGAGAUGAAGCACGAAAGGCUGAGUUGAUGAAGAAUGUGAAAGAGGUGGAGUCGCCCUUGUAUCUGGGAUUCCUUGAGAAACUCUUGAAAGAGAACGGCACUGGUUAUUUUGUAGGAUCAUCUCUGACGUAUGCUGACAUCAGUACGUACGACAACAUUUUCGCCUUCACCACCCGAGGUUCAUUUGUCACCAGACCUAACGAUGACCUCCCUUUUCUGAAAGAACUCUUCAACAUUGUUGAAAAUAAUGAGCGCAUCAAAGCCUACCUGGCCAGUCGGAAACAAACAGAAACUUAA